AAUGGAUCAAUUUACUAUCAAAUCUGUCUGCAAACUGACAAUGACCGCACUUGCGCAGUUAUUUACCACCAGUUGGAUUAUAAUUCUCCCUGAAAUUUUGUUCACAAUAAUCCCAGAAAAACCGAAGGCAAAGCCGAAAUCUGAUCGCAACCCCCAAAAAAUUGCGAAACCCAAAGAGGCGCCGAUUGAGGAUAGUAGGAAAAGUGAAGUGCUUGAAACCAGAAAAGCGCCAGUUAUUUCUAUUUGCAACGCGGGUUUAAGAAAGCAUUACAAACAAGACUUGCUGAGAACAAACCGCGCACUGACCGCAACCAGACAACAACUGGAAGAAAGCAAAGAGAAGGUGACUGAAUUGAAGGAGCAAAUUCAGUGGAAGAAUGCCGAGUUGAAAGGAGCGGCUGAAAAGUUGGAAGAAUCUUCUCGAAUGUACACAGAUCUUGUUCUAACUCACAAAAAAGUCCAGAAAGAACUGACAAGGGCCAAUAGAAUUCUGAGACGACUGGACAGAGCUGCUCAAAAAACUGGUAAUAAGCAGCAGGACGAUCCUACAUCGACCGAAUCGUCUAAUACAGAAACGGUACUAGUUGUCGCAGCAGAGGUUUCCAGUGACGAAGAGAUUGUCCACCACUUGAAAGUGACUGAACUGGAGAGCCAAGAAAAUGAAAUGGGCAACGAACUGACUGAUUUACCAGAACCGGAUAUAGUGGAAGCUGUCAAAGAAACUGAAGGAUCCUCAGAAAUAACAGAAGAAGGAAAGGAAGAAUCACAGGAAUUCAACACUUUGGAAAAUUCCAGCUGGUAUCGGCAUAACGACCGGAGUGCUAUGUUGGAUCUCACGAAAGACGCUGAAGAGGAAGAGAUAGAGCCCAAAGUGAAAUCGGAACUCGAAGUCAAAUCGGAACCUGAAAUUAAGGUGAACCAAGCACUUGUUAAAGAAGUGGAGACUCAUCUUCAAACGUCAAAAUCUUCAGUGGCGAACAAGGCGACCAAACCCUCAACGGCGGCCACAAAAGAUUUCCAUCCACUAGAAUCACAGGAAAUCAACACUUUGGAAGAUUCCGGCUGGGACUGGUACCGGAAAAACGGCCAGAGUGCGAUGUUGGAUCUCACGAAAGACGCGGAAGAAAAAGAGAUAGAGCCCAAAGAGAAAUCGGAACCCGAAGUCAAAUCGGAACCUGAAAUUAAGGUGAACCAAGCAGUUGUUAAAGUAGUGGAGACUCUUCAAACGUCGAAAUCUUCAGUGCCGAACAAACCGUCAACGGCGGCCACAAAAGAUUUCCAUCCACUAAGUAGAAAACCGAAGAAGAAAGGUUUCCUUACACGAAAUGGUAUCUUGAAAUCGAAUACUAUUGACACAACUGAAAAGAUGCCUAAGAUCAAAUUGGACAAAAUGAAAUCGCUGGAUGUCAGCAUGAACGGACAAGUGACCACCAUGUACGUUGACAAAGGCAAUUUCUAUUCCGCAAUAAACAUGGAUUUUUGGACAGAACUAGGAUGUCCAAAGCUGGAAUCGCUCUCCAAAGAAUGGAUCAAGAAAUACGGAAAUUACAAGUUCUUGAAAGUAGCAGACUUCAAGGGUUAUUUCAAUGCACACAUCAAACUGACCGAAGAUGGAAAUAUAUGUACAGUCUUCUGCUUAACCAAAGCAAGGCUCCAGAUUUGAUCGCUAAUGAUGAGAAAGAGGACAAAACUAGUAAGUUGGCCCAAGACCAAGAAGCGUUGAAGGAAAAGGUGAAGGGAGAAAAAUUUAAUCUAUACGAA